AUGGGAGUAAAGGGAUUGAAGACGUACAUUGAGAAAAACCCUAAGAGAUGUUUCUUCAGACCUUGCAACUUUGGGAAUAGUGAACUAGUCAUUGAUGGAAAGAAUUUGUAUUACACUCUGUACUUUGAGUCGGGAUUGGAUCAAAUGCAUGGGGGGAAUUAUGAUGGCUUUGAAAAUGUGACAAUACAGUUUUUCACUGCUCUCAGAGACUGUGACAUUUGCCCUUAUGUGGUACUUGAUGGGGGAAGUGACCACACAGACAAAAAACUCGAGACCCUCAAGCAACGAGCUCAAGGAAGAAUCAGGAUGGCUGCUGACAAGUCAAGAGGUUCUUCCAACAACAUAAUACCGUACCUUAGCGAGGAUGUCUUCAAACAGUGUCUCACCAAGCUGAAAGUACCAUUUGUUCAGUGCAUAGCUGAAGCUGAUUGGGAAAUUGCUGCACUUGCCAAUGAAAAGAACUGUCCAGUUCUGUCAGAUGACAGUGACUUCUAUGUAUUUAAUCUCAAGGCAGGAUUUUUGCCCAUCACAUAUUUCAAGUGGAAAAAUGUGAUGAAAAUUAUUUCAAGGAGCUCCUGCAAAUUUAUUGAAGCCCAACAAUUUACUGUUCAAAACUUGUGUGAAAAUUUCAACCACAUGAACAAAGAUCUUCUGCCAGUUUUUGCCACAUUAGCAGGCAAUGAUUAUUUCACACCCUCUACUGCAGGUAUAACUAUGAGGUGGGAAGAGUUCUCCAGCACUGCUGGGGAAUUCGCACGAAUUGAUGGCUUGCUCACGUGGUUAUCAAGAUUUCAAGAACCGAAGGAGGCUAUCACUGCUGUCUUAAAGCACAUUGAAUAUGGGCAAAACUCAGUUGCCAUCUCUAGUUCUCUUUUCAAGUGCAUCAAAGAGUAUGCCCUCUCUGAAAGUUCAACAGCAAAGUUUUUUUCAAAGGGCACAUCGCUCUCCGCUGAUAUCCCAGGCUGUCCCAAUGUUCUGCCUAGGUGGACCCUGGAUCUUUUAACAAAGGGGAAGUUAAGCUCAAGCAUCAUUGAUGUACUGGUGCUAGGCAGGUUGGCCAUGGGCUAUCAGGUCGAGGACUCUGCACUGCCCAGUAGUAGUGUCACUGCUCGUCCCAUACGACAGGCGAUCUAUGGUUUACUGCUUUACGGACAGCAGCAGAGUCAAGGAGACACAGCCCCAGAUAAAGCUAGCACUGAUGGAACAGAAUAUUUUGUUGAAGAGUUUGACAGAGAGGGGGUGAAGCUUACCAGUUUUAGAGUUAAAGCCAUCAAACCAAAACGACAGGGAAGAUUUCACUUGGAGACACUUUGCGAGGCACCAAAGGAAUUGCGACAGCAGAUUCUCCUGGACACCCUGAAUGUGUCAAAUAACUCCUUGACCAUAGUCCCACCUCACCUCCAGCUUCCAGUGUGUGUUACAUGCUAUUGGCUGGUAAACUCCAAACCUGAGCCACAUCAGGAGCACCUCUGGGCCCUGUUAUUGGGAAUGGUAUACGGAGAGCUCUGCAGAUUGCCAUUUGAAGAAGAGUAUGAAUCAGUGAAGGAACAGAUUCAGGAGCUGGGGGUUCAGAAGAAAACAAGUGAAUUAGACCUGGAGGUGGCCCAUUCAUUCAGCCAGUGGCAGUGUUGUCUGAGGGCCAGCCUCCAUCUUAACCAGCUCCUAUGCCUGCCCCUUACUGAGCCAGAAUGUGCACGGCUUUACUGUGGUACACUGGUGCAUCGGCUCGUAUCUGAAUUUAAAGAGGGAAUCAAACCAGAGUCACUGCUUGUGGGAGGCAUUAUUCCUCAGUACCUGUUUAAGACUCUGAGCGAUGCUGUGCGGGACACAGUCGGAGAGAAAUUCAUUACAACAAUGAGGAAAGGAAGAGGAAAAGAGAGCCCAGAUCAGCAUAGAGUCCAGUACAAGUCCGUGGAUGACAUUAGCUUCCGCUUUGCACAUCUGAUGGAUGAGAUGAAAGAUGGUGAUGAUGAAAAGGAUGACAAUGCAUGGGAGGAAGAACGCUACAGAAACAUCCACACUACUCGCACCAGACAUAGGAUCAAGCACCGAGACCAGAAGUACAAGUAUUAG